UAGUAGCUCGCGCUUGUGUGUGAUAAGGCGAGGGUAUUUAGGCUGGACGCUGCUUGGAAACACCGCAGCGCAGACUUCAGAGUGGCAAGCGUGUGCAAGCGGAGUGUAAGACGGGGCCAAAGGACGUUCGUUUUACGCUGCGCUAUCUAGCUUCAGGGCAACUAACAAAGCAAUUUCGGGAAACAGCUUGGCUUGCGCGGAAGCAUGGCGGGCGACCAUCGCGCGUCUGCAGCUAGCGCGUGAGGUUUUGCCAUAUGCCAUCGUGAAGCCGGUAAAUAUAGUUGUGCUACAGCAUUGACGGCGUGCGACAAGCACCAAACAUAAACAUCACAUGUGGGCUGGGCCCUACAGCGCCGGCUCAGUCUUACAGGCCGCCUCCGUCGGACCUGGAUGCCGCCGCCAUAACAGCAAAAUGUAUAGCCCAAAGGCCAAACCUCAAGCCUGGGGACUAGCAGCGCUGCCAGCAGUCCUACUACUGCUGCUGGCCGCAACUCUGCCAACCUCCACAAGCGCGGCAGGCGUGCGUGGCGUGGGGAGCUGGGGCAGUGGCGUGGGUGUGGGCGUCGGCAGCAGUUGGGUGAGGUCACUGCUCCAGACGGACGCGUUCCCUUUCCAGGACUGCAAACGCCCCGGCCUCCGUUGUGACAACAGUCCCUGGAAUCUGGUGGGUGUGCGGCGGACCGUGAAGCGGCCCAGCCGCAACGUGGUGUACUGCCUGCGGCUGGAGGCCAAAGCAUGCACGAGCCAGCAGCAGUGCUGCACGCUGCUGGCAAACCGCGUGGAGGCGCUGUCGCUCAGCAUGGCCACCACGGGGCCCUGCAACGCGACCAGCGGUGUCGUGAGCGUCACGGCGGGAGGCGUGCAGGUGGAGCGCUCGCUGGUGUACGGCAGUGACUACGUGGACGGGUCCGCCGCUGACGUCAGCCUGGUGGUGCGCGGGCUGGGCGCGGCGGCGGACGCCAGCGGCGGCAUCGCCAGCAUGGAGGUGUGCUACGAGGUACGGGCCGCCUGCGCCGCCUGGACGGACGUAUGCCGUCCCGGGACACCCGGUGCCGCCGACAACUGCCGCUUCGCAGUCAACGAGGCCGACCCCUCCGGAGACGUGGCGUGCUGCAACACCUGCAGCGCCAACGGCCUCACCUUCCCCGCCGGCGGCGGCACGGCUUCGCCGCCGCCGCCGCCGGCUGUGCCGCCACCGGAUGCGCCGCCGGGCUCGCCGCGGCUUCGCCGCCGGCCGCCGCCGCCGCCACUGCAGCAGCAGGACGAGUCACCUCCGCCGCCGCCGUCACCGCCGCCGCCAUCCCCACCGCCGCCGUCGCCGCCGCCGCCAUCCCCACCGCCGCCGUCGCCACCGCCGCCGGACGCGCCGCCGCCGCCGCCGCCGGACCCGCCCCCGCCUCCUCCCCCUGACCCGCCUCCACCAUUCAUCAACCUGAACUCGUCACCGCCGCCGCCGCCCUCGCCGCAGCCGCCGCCGGAGCUGCCGCCGGCGGGUCCUCCUCCCCUAAGCCCUCCUCCCCCCGAUCCACCCCCACCGCCGCCGCCGGAUGCGCCGCCGCCCAGCCCUCCGCCUCCUCCCCCUCCUAGCCCCCCACCGCCCAGCCCUCCGCCUCCCAGCCCGCCUCCUCCUGACCUGCCCCCUCCGCCACCACCUGAGGAGCUUCCUCCUCCGCCCAGCCCAACCCCACGCCUGCCUAGCCUCCUGCCGCCCUUCCCGCCGCCACCUAGCCCGCCGCCACCUAGCCCGCCGCCGCCGGAAGCGCCGCCGCCUAGCCCCCCGCCGCCGGACACGCCGCCACCGCCGAGCCCGCCGCCACCAGAGACGCCGCCGCCGCCCAGCCCGCCGCCACCUGACGCCUCGCCACCACCCAGCCCACCACCACCCAGCCCACCACCACCCAGCCCACCACCACCCAGCCCGCCCCCACCCAGCCCCCCGCCGCCCAGCCCACCACCACCCAGCCCGCCACCUCCGGAUCCGCCCCCGCCCAGCCCGCCCCCGCCCAGCCCACCUCCUCCCUCGCCCCUGCCGCCUUCGCUACCCCCGCCGAGCCCGGAGCCACCUUCACCUGAGCCGCUGGCACCGUCUCCUCCGUCGCCCCCGCCCCCGCCUCCCUCACCCAGCCCUCCUUCACCGCCGCCCCCCAGCCCCGCACCGCCCUCUCCCGUCCCUCCCAGCCCGCCGCCGCCUAGCCCGCUGCCCCCCAGCCCGGUGCCUCCUAGCCCCGCGCCCCCCAGCCCCGCGCCCCCCAGCCCGAUGCCCCCUAGCCCCGCACCCCCCAGCCCGGUCCCCCCAAGCCCCGCACCGCCCAGCCCUGCGCCGCCUUCGCCUUCUCCUCCUUCUCCUCCACCCAGCCCUGCGCCCCCCAGCCCGGUUCCCCCUAGCCCUGCACCGCCCAGCCCUGCGCCGCCUUCUCCUUCUCCUCCUUCUCCUCCACCCAGCCCUGCGCCCCCCAGCCCGGUCCCCCCUAGCCCUGCACCGCCCAGCCCUGCGCCGCCUUCUCCUUCUCCUCCGUCUCCUCCUCCGAGCCCUGCGCCCCCCAGCCCAGUGCCCCCUAGCCCCGCACCACCUAGCCCCGCACCUCCCUCUCCCACUCCGCCGUCUCCUCCUCCCAGCCCAGCGCCCCCAAGCCCCCGGCCCCCCUCCCCACCCUCUCCCGCACCUCCCAGCCCCCGCCCUCCUUCUCCACCUUCGCCCGCCCCGCCCAGCCCCAAGCCACCCUCACCGCCCUCUCCCCCAUCCCCAGAGCCGCCCAGCCCCGCGCCGCCCUCCCCGCCUUCGCCUGCGCCGCCCAGCCCCCGCCCUCCUUCUCCGCCUUCGCCCGCUCCUCCCAGCCCCAAGCCACCCUCACCGCCCUCUCCCCCAUCCCCAGCCCCACCCAGCCCCCAGCCUCCCUCCCCGCCCUCACCCGCGCCGCCUUCUCCUCUCGUUCCUUCAGCACCACCGCCGCUGCCACCCGCUUACCCCCCUUUAGCACCCGCCUACCCGCCCUCCUACCCGCCCUCCUACCCGCCCUCCUACCCGCCGUCCUACCCGCCCGCCUACUCGCCCGCUCCUGGCCUCUCCCCGCCGGCCUAUAUGGCAGCGACGCCUCCUGAGCCGCCCAGCCCUGAGCCUGACACGCCACCUUACCCGGCCGGUCAGAAGAAGCCGCCCUCUCCACCUCGGCCGCCCAGCCCUCCCAGGAAUCCCAGCCCGCCCAAGGCCCCGCGGCAGCCGCCGCGGCCGCCGCGGCCGCCGAGCCCGCCGCCAUCGCCGCCGCCGUCACCUCCGCGGCCACCCAGGGCGCCGAGGCCGCCCAGCCCGCCCAUGCCUGACCCGCCCGAGCCGCCAAGCCCGCCACGCCCGCCACGCCCGCCGCGCCCGCCGCCCAACCCCUUCCCACCGCCGCCGUCACCCAAGCCCCCCCGCCCUCCCAGGCCCCCACCGCUCCCGCCCAGCCCCGCGCCGCCGCCUCAGCCGCCGCGGCCGCCCAGCCGCCCCCCGCGGCCGCCGCGGCCUCCCUCCCCCAUGCCGCCACCCACUCGCCCGCGCCGGCCGCUCAACCCCCCGCGGAACCCGUCUCCGCCCCGGCCGCCGCCCAGGCCACCGCGGCCGCCGUCACCGCCCAAGCCCCCGAAUGCUCCGACGCGCCCGCCGCGCCCGCCGCGCCCUCCGUCCCCUCCCUCCCCUCCGAGCCCUGCGCCGCGCCCGCCGCGGCCGCCCAGCCCCCCGCCCCAGCCCCCGAGCCCUCCCAGCCCCGAGCCGCCGCCGCUGGCGCCUCCUAACCCGCCGCGCCCACCCCGGCUGCCGUCGCCGCCGCCGCAGCCUCCUCGCCGUCCCCCGAAGCCGCCGCCGAUGCCUCCUGGCGGCAUCUCUGACGGCGGCGGCGACGACGGAUACGAUUCGGAUCCACCGUCGCCCUCGCCAAUGGUGGAGCCGCCGAGCCCUGUGACAGACGGAGACGAGCAGGACCUGGAGCCGCCUGCUGGGGAGGUAGAGCCGCCACCGUCGCCAGAUGUGCCAGCCGAGGAUCCGGACGCUUGAAUUACAGAGAGGAAGUGAGUUGGUGGCCGCGGCUGCAAAGCCGCUCCCUAUCAGGAGUGCCCAGCUCUUCCCUGUGUUAUCUUACGCCGGUCUCUUCUGUGUUACCAGUAGCUAGUGGCAGGGUGUUGCCAUAAGCUGUUUUCUUCUGUGGUGCCGGUAGCUCGGGGGCAGGGAUGCUCCCUUAGGGACGGGUCACAGCUACAUACAGCGCUGGGUGCGGCGCAUAGCUGCACCAACAGAAGUGCUUGUAAGGAAAUGGAUGCGGAGAUGGAUUUGAGAUGGUGGAAAGCGGAGUUAUUGCGUGUUAAUGUUGUUGGAUACUGGUGAUAUGACAGCGGUGCAAAGUUGUGUGUACAAGUGCGCAGGUGCCGGUGCCAGUGUAGAUGCGCAGCCGUGUGGCUCUUGUGACGCGACGCUCUUCCUUGAGCGUGUUCCCUCAGCCAUCCCUGUGCCUGGUGGGUUCGUGCGUUGUCUUUAUUCCCUGGAGUCCCGGUCUUUCCUCUUCCUGGUGUGGCCUUUUUGCGCCUGCCAAGGCACGACACGUAUUAUUCUGACACGGAGGUUACGCACGCGUACAUGUGAUAUUGUGACGAGACAAUGCCCGCGUCCAAAGGAGUCCCUGCCCGCGUCUAGAGGCACACCUCGGCCCGCUGUCGCCGCUGCUGCCCAGCAGCUGUGUCGCCGUUGUGAGCUCCGGAUAUAUUCACCUGCCCGCAUGUUCAAAAAGUGGGGAGGGGGGACACUGGCCCAGUGCUGUGUGAGAAGCUUGUACCUCUGCGGGUUGUAGUGUCUCCUGCGAGCCCCGGUUGGCUGAAGUGUGUCCAGGUGGGUGUCCACUUGAUUCGAGAUGCCUUGUAUGGGUAUUGUGAAGCAAUGGAGAGAGGGUUGAGCCAUGUGUGAGAAUGUGCAUGCUCAUGUGUACGCGCGUGCGCGCCUUUAUAUUACUGUAAACGACUGCAGGAUGUUGAAGCAUGGGGCACAGUGCAUGGCAGCUCCAUCAGUUGCACCUGCAGCUACUCGAGCUGACAGGCCCCACGUG